AUGUCGGCCGCCGGCGCUUCCCCGCUCCCGCCGGAAUCCUCGGACUCAGUGUCGGCCACACCUUUGCCUCUGCCACCCACCACCCCGCUCCGCAUGGCCCACCACUAUCCACCGCACACCCAGGCGCAAACACAGACGCAACCCCAGGCGACUCAGGCUGUAGCGUCUGGUUUCCCCGCCUUCCCUGCAGGCUCGUACCCCUACGGCACUGGAUUCUAUCACAACUACCCCGCCGGAUACACCUUCGAUUCCGGCGCGCAUACGCAACCCCCCACCGCCCCGGAAAUCCCAGGCGUGACAGCGCAGCUUGCAUCCCAUGCCUUGGGACGCUUGAUAUCUACGGAGAUGCGGGAUGCUGGUUUCGAGUCUGCAGAACUCCGCGCCGUGAGGAGGUUGGAGCUGGAGGUUGCCGCAUUGGUGCAACAACUCUACGAGCGCGCACAUGAGUACGCGAACCUCGCCAACCGAGCGAAACCUGUCGUGACGGACGUCCUCUGUGCGUCCGAUGAUUUCAACCUUGAAGCUGUGGAAAUAUACCGCUUAAGCAAGAAGUCAAGGAAGCGGAAGCGCAACGGCUCCAUGAGACUUUUGCCUCCUGCAAAACGCUCUCCGUCGCCAGAAUUACUCAGUUCUGAUGACGAAGGCACACCUUCAACCGGCCCUAUGACACUGCGACCGUUGCCUCAUUAUGUUCCACCACUACCUCCCAAACACACUUACCUUCGCACCCCAAUUUCUCCACCCAAGAAAGCAGCAAUCCCCUCAUUGGAGAAAAAGCUGCAGAACGCGUCUCUUGUGCAGGACUCCUUGAAGAAUCUCCUUCUCGCGACAGAAGACAGUGCGACGGAAGAUGCAGAACUUCUAGGUGCAACGGUGAAUUGGGAGUCGACCACCCACCCUCGAAAACGAUGGAGGCUAUCAUGA